AUGCCUUUUCUCCCUUCCUCACCCCCCGCUUCUCAUUCUUCCUCUCUGUCUUCCUCGUCUUCUUUGUCUCUCUCGUCUUCUUUGUCUCUCUCGUCUUCUUUGUCUCCCUCGGCGUCUCUGUCUCCCCCGGCUUCUCGUCGGCCUUCUUCCUGUCGGUGUUCUUCCCCCUCUCAAGGAAACGUUCUUUCUCCUCUGACUCCUUCCCUCCCUUCCUUUCUCUUUCUCCUCUCUCUUCUUUCUCUGUCUGCUUUUCUUCCCCUCUCGGUCGUCGCUGCAACGGCUGUCUCUUCGUCCUCGAGCCCCGUCCCCUCCGAAAGUCUCCAUCGUCUAGAUGCCCCGCCUGCCGGCGAGGUUCUCGUUCGACGGGCCACGCGACUGCAGCGCCAGCAAAGGGCGAAACGUGAAGAAAAGGGAAGUUUAACUUCUCGCCAAGACAAGCACCAUCCCCACAUCGAUGGAGAAAAACGUCUCCCGCUGACAGCUGUCCGAGGCGGCGCUGCGGCAGAUCGCGCUCGCGGCGAGGAAAGCAAGGCAGGAGACGAUGGAGACUCUUCCGGGAUCGGCGCGGGUCUAAGCGCUGCUCUUCGUCUGGGAAAAGGAAACUCAGAGCCCCACCAGUCAUCUGCAGGCCGUGCGACUCCUGGAGGUGCGGAGCGAAGGAAACGGAACGCGGUGUUUGGUCUUCCCCGGGCACAGGUCGGCGGAGAGAGAAGGAAGAGUAGAGAGAAAGGGGAGAGCGCGCGACUCCUGGUAGGACGAGGCGGCGCGGUGUCGGAAGCCGAAUCGCUGGCCGACGAGAGGAAGGAGACGCUGGAGAGGGCGAGGCGGGGCUCGCUUCGAGCGCCGAGAGAGACUUCAGUGCGGAAGGACGUCGAGGAGUCAAGGUACAAAGAAGGACAGGAGAGGCUGAGAGAAUUGCGGGCUGAAGACAACUCUGCUGACGAAACUGAUCAAGGGAGUGCAGCAGUGGAGAGGGCCGCGCAGGAGCGGAAACGUGUGGCCGAUGAAGGGAAGCACAUCGCUCAAGAGGAAGAAGCGAGUGGAAGCAGAAACACGAAGCCGGAAGGAGUGAGUGGCGACGAGGACCAGGCCAGGGAGAAUCCAGAGACGGAAAGGGAUGAAGCAGGGAAGGGACAGGAACAAAGACGGAGCGACGGAGACGAGAAGAGAGACAGCGCAGAAUCCCUCUCGAGUCCCUUUUCGUCGCAGUCCCGAGCCGGUCGGCAGGACGGAGACGUCGGCAAAAAAGGUUUCAGUGAAGGGGCGAAGGCCAGCGUAGGAGAUGAAAGGGAAGAAGACGCACCGAUGAGCCUCGUUGUUCUUGCUCUCGGGUCCGGCGUGGUCUUCGCCGUGUUCUCCCGGUUCCUCAUCAAACAGCGAGAGAAGUUGACCCGCGACAGAUACACCCGGCUGGCUCAGCUUUUUGAGUCCUAG